AUGUUGGGUAGAACAGACCAUGAUGAUUUACCGGAAACCAUAGGGAGCAAGACCGAAGAUAUUGGAGAUAUAUUCUUGCAGCAUUUAGAGACUCUUGGCCCUCACAUUUUCCGCCUUGUCGUGCACUACAAGGAGGCUGUUCGCGAACGCCAACGCAUGCGCCUCUAUACCACAUACUGGGAAGCCGAGGAAAAUACAGACGACGCGCAAAAUGAGUUUGUUCGAUCGGAACAACAAUCGCAAACAUUACUGAACAUGGCUCUUGAGAAGCAUUCACCGGCUGCUAUUGCCUCAGAUACCAAAUUCCUCGCUGCAGUCUGCGACCGCAACAAGGCAUCUCUCCAUCGGACUGACACUCAACUUGAUGUUAUAAAGGAUCAUAUCAAUAGGUCCCAGCUGUUCAGGUCGUCUGUUGAUGGUGACUCAGUCCAGAAGUCGGAUGCUGCCGGAGACUGUGUGCUAAUUGGUCAAUAUCGGAUUCUUCAAUUCAAUCCGCUUCAUAAAGCGCUACUCAUUGCAGUUUGCCCAUAUCAUAACCCCUCUCAGGCUGGUCAAUUGCCACCUCCGACGAAUGACGAUAUCUACCAUGAUCAUUUCCUCGACAACACCCACGACUUCCAUGCCGCCCUCAAUGAUCAGUAUAUUGCGGGCGCAUCUCUGCAACCUGGUGAUGGCCACAAUGGACUCGGAUAUCGUACUGAUGGUCUCGUGAUGCAGCAGCGACCACCCUCUGAGCUUGGCUUUGGCCGAGGAAACCAGGAAUACCCUCCUCGGGAGGUGAUAUUCAGCGCGCAGGAUACCGUGACUGCUAGCAGCAAUCAGCGAGGCGCCAAAAAACGUUCUACUACAACGUUUCGCCCGUACCAGUAUCCGCCGCCAAAAAAGUCUAGAACGGACAAAAAUUUUGGACUAUGCGGUGAACGAGCUCUCUUACCGACGGGGACGGAUAGGGAGCAGGUAGUUAAACUGCAGUUGGAAAUUUCUGCAACAGCAGAAUAUAAUCAAGAGGCGUUCGGGAAAAAAUGGGCCGCUUCGAAUUGGAAGACGUUAUACCUGUCGCUGUCGGAGCCCUGCAGGUUUAUCAUGCUUACGUGCAAGAAGCAUGCACGCGCAGGUGUACAGCGCGGGUUCAAUCUGCGUCCUCCACCACAGUCGACAACCUCCGAACCGGAUCACCAGGCAGCAGAGGUUGAGGACCUGCUCGAUAGUGCGACAUUCCCACCCAAGUAUGUUUUCGGCAAGGACGAGACUGGAGCCUUACACUUCCUUGAAAACCAUGUGGUGUGGGACGUUCUUCUGAAUACCGUGAGAGAGCUCAAGCUCUACGAGUACGUCACAAGCCUCAAGAGCCUUUUUUGCACGUCUGCCGCUGCUGUCAAGUGUGCUUUACGGGAACUUAGGACCGGGAAAUUGGUUGAGAUUCCAUUUUCUGGUAUAGAAUUUAAAUCACUACAUGACUCGCUCGAAGAUUACAUUGACAAAGAACCAGUAGACUACAUCAUUUGCGCAAUAUUCAGGAGCUUUGGUAAACGCUGGUCAAGCUUCAAGGUUGUCACGCAAGUCAUUUAUUCAGUCACCUCCCAGUCAUUUGGGACUCAUGUAGACGACACUCACUCCAGCCGACCUCCAUCAGUCAUGACAUAUGCGACACCAACACUCGCAUCCCUUCAACGACAAGGUUCCAGUUCUCGAUUAUCUGGUGCCAGCUCACCUGCCAGUUCACAGGCUAGUCAUCAUGGACUCGUUACGAGAUCCAGAAGAAAUGGAAGAAGAACGAAAGUAACGCAUAAACUAUUAGCACCGCGAUACCUGGGCCAAGUACCAGUCGCCCGUCAACCACUCUGUCGCGGCCCGUUCCUCCAUUUCAUUGCACGGAAGUUUGCGACAUCAGGAUCAGUCUCGGCAUGCCAGUCUCGAAUUGCCAGGGCCAAGGGCGAGCUCAUCACUUCUGAUGCUGAUUUUAAAGAACAAUACCAUUCUCGUGAAGAAGAUCGGGCACCAACGCGAACGCGAGUGGAACCGUCCAAAAGCACCAUCACGUUCUGUCAUCCCUGA